CCACAUCACCAAACAAAUCAAGUUCUUUGCAAGAAACGGCAGCUUUGAGAUGAAAUCAAUCCAUUUCAUGUUCGCUCUCUCUCUCUGUAUCUCUAUUGGAUAUGCCCACAAAUGCUAUCAGUGCUAUAGCACUAAGAGUUGGGAACACUGUGCGACCAAAGAAGUGACUUGCCCGGGGGAAGAAGAUCACUGUGUAAAAGUUAAAAUAGACAAAAACGACACCCAGCAUUUCUCCAAAGGUUGCAGUGCGAAAUCUAAAUGCAAAGCACAUGAAUCCUGCAAGUCAUCUGAUCCUCCAGUCGAAUGCAAGAUCCACUGCUGUAGUGGCGAUUUGUGCAAUGUAGCCACUGUCCCAAUGGUCAGCGCCAUUAUGCUAUUGGUAUGCGCUCUCGUGGCUUUUAUUCGUGAAGUCUCCGUUUGGUGAACCUCACAAGAGAUGUAUUUCCAGCCAAAAAAUCAAAUUACUGAUUAGUGUAAAACACGUGCUACCACUGUAAGUCGACCGUAAUUUGUAACAAACAAUAAUAAUAAAACAAUUUGAAAAUA